AUGUCAUCGCCAGAUGAUAUGCAGAAUCGCAUAGACAGAUUGGAGAACCUGGUUUUGUCCCUGAUGACCAAUGGCGCACAGUCGGCUGGACCUACUGCUGCGAUUGCUACCGUGUCCGGGGAUAGUAGUAUAGCUUCACAAGGCCCGCAGAGCGCAAGCACGAAUACGGUCGACAUCGACUUGAAAGAUGAAGAAAGUGAUACGGAACAGGUUACCAAAUCGUUUGGAAUCAUGAAAGUGGAUAACCAGAGCCAAAAAUCAUAUUAUGUCUCCGAAGCACAUUGGUCAACAAUCCUGAAUGAUAUUUCAGAAGUUAAGCAUUUCUGGGCUACCCAUAAGAAGCAGUACGAGGAGCAGAUGCAGAAAGUGCAAGCAACCAAGCAGACACAGGAUCUGAAGGGCUCUGCGCUAAUAUUUGGCGCCAUGUCGUUACCCACCGAAGCAGAGAUUAUGGCGUCUUUCCCUUCAAAAUACACUGCAGACAUGCUGCUCCGCCGUUUCUUUGCUACCCUCGACCCCUCUAUCACAAUGGUUUUCGCAAUGCUUCGGCUGGCGAUGCUAUCAUACCACAGGGAACGAGACGAACCCCCAGAAUUCCGGGGGAAGUCAUUAGAUAUAGCCAAAACAUAUCGGAUUGCAAUGGCACAAGGGCUAGUAUACUCAGACUUCACGAAGCCUCAUCGAUAUCUCCUUGAAACCUUGGCAUUUCAUUUACAAGCUGAGUACUCUCAGAGCUGUGACUCCGAGACGUCAGUUUGGAUCCUGGUUGGAAUGAUCGUCCGUCUAGGGAUGAGAAUGGGAUAUCAUCGAGAUUCUAAAAUGUUUCCGAAUAUAUCUGUUUUCCAGGGAGAAAUGCGUCGACGGCUUUGGACGUGGGUUAGACAGGCGGAUUUGCUAUUCUCCUUCGAGGCGGGACUUCCAAGUAUGAUUCGAACGGGAGACGCGGAUACAGACUUUCCCCGAUGUCUAUAUGAUGAAGACUUUGAUGAAGAUUCCAAGGAGACUCCUCCGGAAAGGCCAUUUAACCAGCCAGCCCCUAUUGCGUAUACCAUUGUUCAUGCAAGACUCACAACUGUCUUUAGUCGGGUGCUGGAAAAGUCACAGAAACUUCGAGGAUCUUCGUACGAGGAAGUUUUAGAGUUGGAUCGAGAGCUACGGCAUGCCCGCGAAAUGAUUCCCGAAUGGCUGCAGAUGAAACCUCUUCCUGAAUGCGCCCAUGAACCAUCUACUCUAAUAAUGAAUAGAAUCGCGGUAUGUACUUAUCCUAUUGGUCAAUUGCCUAAUCUCGUUUUACUAAGUUUGAUAUUACAGGUUGAAAGCAUCUACCACAAAGCCCAAUGUGUUCUACAUCGCCCUUAUCUAACAAGGGCCCGUGAAAAUCCACGGUAUACUUUGUCACAUCGGGCCUGCAUCGAUAGUUCGCUCGAGCUUUUACGACUUCAAGCAAUGCUGCAUGCAGAAAAAACAUCCGGCAGAAGAGUCCUACAUCCAAGAUAUUACACCACGUCACUUACUGGCCACGACUUCCUGCUAGCCAGCACCAUUCUUGCCCUUGAUCUCUACCAUGAAGCACAGUUAGAAGCGAACAGGCGGCAAGGUGACAGUCCAUAUGGCUGGGGAUGCGGAAUGCAGGAGGAGAUGCUUGCUACCCUUCGGCAAUCCUAUAACAUCUGGAACGAACUAAAAGACGAGUCUAUGGACGCAUGGAAGGCAUCCAGUGUUCUGGGACUGCUUCUGGAGAAGAUAAGUUGUCGACGAGAAAAUAGAGAUACCACGUCAAUGGAUAGCAGCUUUGAUCCGCAGGAUGAGAAACAGAGUGCUGCUAUGACUCUGGGACUCCUUAGUAGCGGAUUAACGCCCCAAGGACCAACAAGUCCGCCUCAAUUCGGAGAUUCCAUGAUAGGAAUUGAUCGGACGUCCUCGGCCCAGCAAGGAGGCUUACCUUCUAACAUAGACCAAUUGGCAGGCCUAAAUUCUCCGUUUGGCAUGUUUGGUCAGAUGCCAGACAUGCAACCAUUCAACCUCGACUGGGAGGCCUGGGAUAACUAUAUCCAGUCAGCCGCCCUUGAUCCCACCAACCAAAACUGGACAGAUGUAAAUCAACGGCAAGACUUCCAGCAAACACACCAGCCUCAGACUACCGCUGAGAACGAGCCAAAUAUGUCUAUAAGACCACCAACAUAUCCUCUACACAAUGGUACAUAUGAUGCGAACGGCAAUGCCUCCACUCACCCCACAUACAUGAAUAAUAACGACUACCAAGGAGGUGCAAACGCCUCCUGA